CUCCCCUCUCUCCCAAUUCCCCAAUACAACACAACAAAAACGCUCCCUGCAAAAGAAAAAAUUCUCAGAUCCCAGUUACUACCAGGCAGCAGCGCCACCACAACAAGACACCAUGAUGCUAGACAAGGAAGAUUUGGGGCUCAGCUUGAGCUUGAGCUUCCCUUCUCCUCAUCAUCAUCAUCAAAAUCACCACCACAACCACCAUACUCCUCUUCACCUCAACCUAAUGCCUUCUUCCUCCUCCUCCUCCGCCGCCUUCCUCCUUCCACACUCCGCCCCUGCCGCCGCCGCCGCUAAUCACCCCAAAUCCUCCUCCUGGAUCAGCCACGCCGCUCUCAUCUUGAAUCCUUCCUCCGAUCCGAAUUUGGACUCGAACCGGGGCGAGACGACGAGAUCGUUCCUCCGGGGGAUCGACGUGAACCGGCUACCGGCCGCCGCGGCGGCCGAUUGCGAGGAGGAAGUGGGGGUUUCUUCUCCCAACAGUACCGUUUCGAGUAUAAGCGGGAAGAGGAGCGAGAGGGAUCAGCCGGCUACCACCGGAUCCGCCGGAGAGGAUCUCGACGCCGCCGGCUCCCGCGGCGGGAUCAGCGACGAGGAAGACGGCGACACUUCCCGGAAGAAGCUCCGGCUGUCCAAAGACCAGUCCGCCGUUCUCGAAGAGAGCUUCAAGGAGCACAACACUCUCAAUCCCAAGCAAAAGACGGCAUUGGCUAAGCAGUUGGGCCUGCGGCCCAGACAAGUGGAGGUGUGGUUCCAAAACAGACGGGCCCGGACCAAGCUGAAGCAAACGGAGGUGGACUGCGAGUUCUUGAAGCGAUGCUGCGAGAAUCUAACGGAGGAGAACCGGCGGUUGCAGAAAGAGGUGCAGGAACUGAGAGCACUGAAACUUUCCCCACAGUUCUACAUGCAGAUGACCCCACCAACCACGCUGACCAUGUGCCCGUCGUGUGAGCGUGUCGCGGUCCCACCCUCGUCCACAUCAUCCGCCCCCGCCUCCACGUCAUCUCCACCUGUCGUGGCGGCGGCGGCUUCCACCGCCGCAGCAUCGCCGUUGGCGUUGAUGGGCUCGGCGGCAGCGGCCCACCACCACCGGUCUAUGGCUGCAAUCAACCCAUGGGCUGCUGGUGGGCCGUUCAACGUGCUCCGUCCCCGGUCGUAGUAUAUUCCGGGGCGAGGCAGGGGUAUUUUGGGAAUUUGCUUCUGAGAGUUUAGGUUUAUGGGCUGGCUUUGUUGGGGGGAAUGAGAUGAGAUUUGGUGGGUCUUUGCUGUUUUGUAUUAUUGAUCUACACAAGGAAGGGUCUCGUAUCUCUUUUUGGAAAGGUGGUUGACAUAGUUCUUUUGAUAGUUUUGUUUUUGUUUAAUUUAAUAUGGUUUAGUGGCCUAAUUAAGUGCUAAUGUUACUUGUUAAUCUCUCUCCCUCUCUCUCUACUUGAGGGGAAUGUGUAAAGGGAAAGUGAAAUUUGAGGGAGGAAGGGAUAAAAAGGAAGGGGUGGAUGUGGUGUAAAGUGAAAAAGGUGGAUUUUUUUCACCAAGGAAAGAAAAGUAAAAGAGAUCUCUAAUUUUAGUAAAAUGAAGCUUCAGUUAAAGCAAAAAGCUUAUGGUCUUAAAUCUUAAUUAUAAAUUCCAAU